AUGGCGGACGUCAAGGCUGAAAGUUUGCGCGAGAAGGAGUAUGCGUCUUCUUCUCACGCAGAGAGUGUGAAGAACGAGAGAUUGACCGCCAAUGCGGAGCUGGAGGCAAUCCCUGACCCCGAUGCUGGGAAAACCGACGAAGAGAGAGCAGCUCUUGACAAGGCAUUGCUACGAAAGAUCGAUCUCUGGCUCAUCCCAUGGCUCUGCUUGCUUUACUUGCUCUCCUUUUUGGACAGAACGAAUAUUGGUAAUGCCAGAGCCGCUGGGAUGGAAGCCGAUCUGGACAUGGUCGGCGAUCAUAAAUACAACCACACCCUGACAAUCUUCUUCAUCUCGUAUGCMCUSKCCGAMCCUGURACCAAUGUGCUGCUCAAGCGUCUGUCACCGAGAGUCUUCUUCACAGGUAUCAUCAUCGCUUGGGGCUCAAUCAUGACCCUCAUGGGCCUGGUGGAGAACUUCGCAGGGCKGAUGGUUGCUCGAUUCUUCUUGGGUCUUGCGGAGGCUGGUCUGUACCCUGGCGUCAAUUACUACCUGUCGUGUUGGUACAGGAGAAGCGAGCUCGGUCUUCGUUCCGCAAUAUUCUUCUCAGCUGCCGCUCUAGCCGGAAGCUUCGGAGGCUUGUUGGCUGCUGCAAUUGCCAAGAUGGACGGCGUUGGUGACACGGAUGGCUGGGCUUGGAUCUUCAUCCUCGAAGGCCUCGCCACAGUCUUUGUUGGAGCCUUUUGCUGGUGGAUGGUUUUCGACUGGCCAGACACUGCCAGAUUCCUGACUCCAGACGAGCGGAAUCGUGUCCGACGUCGCCUUGCGGCAGACAACCAGUCGAGCUCAGCUGAAGCCUACGACAAGCGCCACAUCUACGCAGCGCUCAAAGACUGGAAGACAUGGGGAUACGCCGUCAUCUACAUGGGAACGCUGUGCCCACUGUACGCCUUCAGCUUGUUCCUCCCAACUAUUCUGAGAGGCAUGGGCCACUCCGGCACCAGACUCCAACUGCUCUCCGUCCCCCCCUACGCUGUCGCGGCUCUGUUGACAAUCACCGUCGGUUACAUCGGAGACCGAACGCGCCAGCGUGCAAUCUGCAACAUGUGUGUCGUCAGCCUGAGCAUCAUCGGCUUUACAAUGCUCCUCGCCUCUUCCGAUCCCAGCAUUCAGUAUGUGGGAACGUUCUUUGGAGCCGCGGGCAUCUAUCCAACGAUUCCCAACACGUUGAGCUGGUGCUCCAACAACAUUGAAGGCGUGUACAAAAGAGGUGUCAUCAUCGGCAUCGUCGUUGGUUGGGGCAACCUCAACGGCGUCGUCUCCUCGAACAUCUACCUGGACGCGGACAAGCCUCGAUACUUUACGGGACACGCCGUGGUCUUGGCUUACCUCGUUGUCUGUCUGCUUGGAGGCACCAUCUUCAUGUGGGUUUCGCUGCGAAGGGAGAAUGCUAAACGUCUAUCUGGAAAGCGGGACAACAUGCACCAGGGAAUGACGGAAGAUGAGAUUUGGGUAGCAGGCGAUAACCGGCCAGACUUCAUCUACAGCAUGUAG